UCAGCUACAGCGCUGGGAUCAGCGUGUGCGAGAAGGGCCAGCAGUGGCAGCGGGCGCGCGCCAUGCUGAGCGAGAUGCGGGAGGCGAAGCUGGAGCCCAACUCAUCAGCUACAACGCUGGGAUCAGCGCGUGCGAGAAGGGCGAGCAGUGGCAGCGGGCGCUGGCGCUGCUGAGCGAGAUGCGGGAGGCGAAGCUGGAGCCCGACGUCAUCAGCUACAACGCUGGGGUCAGCGCUUGCGAGAAGGGCGAGCAGUGGCAGCGGGCGCUGGCGCUGCUGAGCGAGAUGCGGGAGGCGAAGCUGGAGCCCGACGUCAUCAGCUACAGCGCUGGGAUCAGCGCGUGCGAGAAGAGCGAGCAGUGGCAGCGGGCACUUGCGCUGCUGAGCGAGAUGCAGGAUGCGAAGCUGGAGCCCAACGUCAUCACUACAACGCUGGAGUCAGCGCUUGCGAGAAGGGCGGGCAGUGGCAGCCUGCGCUGGCGCUGCUGAGCGAGAUCUGGGAAGUACAGCUCGAGCCCAACAUCUGGGAAGUACAGCUCGAGCCCAACGUCAUCAGCUACAGCGCUGGGAUCAGCGCUUGCGAGAAGAGCGGGCAGUGGCAGCCUGCGCUGGCGCUGCUGAGCGAGAUGCGGGAAGCAAAGCUGGAGCCCGACGUCAUCUUCAGCUACAGCGCUGGGAUCAGCGCGUGCGAGAAGUGCGAGCAGUGGCAGCGGGCGCUGGCACUGCUGAGCGAGAUGUGUUCAGUAAAGCUGGAGCCCGACGUCAUCUGUACUACAGCGCUGGGAUCAGCGCGUGCGAGAAGGGCGAGCAGUGGCAGCCUGCGCUGGCGCUGCUGAGCGAGCUGCGGGAGGCGAAGCUGGAGCCCGACUCUGCUACAAUGCUGGGAUCAGCGCGUUGGAAAGGGGCGAGCAGUGGCAGCGGGCGCUGGCGCUGCUGAGCGAGAUGUGAGAAGUGAAGCUGGAGCCCAACACAAGCCGCUAAAAUGCUGGGAUCAGCGCGUGCGAGAAGGGCGAAUUGUGGCAGCGGGCGUUGGCGCUAUUGAGCAAGUUGUGAGAAGUGAAGCUGGAGCCCAACGUCAUCUCUCCUGAAAUGCCGCGGCCAGCGCGUCAGCUACAGCGCUGGGAUCAGCGCGUGCGCGAAGGUCGAGCAGUGGCAGCAGGCCCUGGCGCUGCUGAGCGACAUGUGGGAGGCGAAGCUGGAGCCCAACGCAGCCAGCUAGAGCUAUGCGAUCGGUGCUCUGCUGCGGAGAGACAGGCUAGUCAGCUACCGCGCCGUGGAACAGCGCGUGAGUGAAGGGUUGGCAGUGGCAGCGGGCUCUGGCGUUGUUGAGCGAGAUGUGGGAGGCGGUGUUCGGAUCCGGACGGUAUCAGAACUAUAGCGUUGGGAUCAUCGGGUGCAGGAAAGGACGAGCAGUGGCAGCCGGCGCUGGCGCUGCUCAGCGACACGAGGGAGGCGGUUCUUGAGCCCAAUGCCAUCACCAAUUGCAGCGCUGGGAUCAGCCUGGCGAGAAGGGCAAUCAACGGCGGCAGGCUCUUUUGGUGCUCAGCGAGACGUGGGAGGUGAAGUCGGAGCCCGACCUCGUCAGUUACAGCGCUGGGAUCAGGGCGUACGUCAAGGGCGAUCAGUUCAGCAUAGUUUGGCGAUGCUCGGCCAGAUGCGCGAGGUGACCCCCCGCGACCCGCCCCCGACUCGCCCCGGACCCUCCCCGCGAGCCACCCCUCGACGCACCCGCGAAGCUGGAGCCCGACGUCAUC